AUGUUGUGACCUGACGUCACCGCGGCGAGUUACCUCUGAGAGCAGCCGCCGCCGGGCACAGCGCGAGCCCCGGAGCCCUUGAACGCGAGGCGAGAGCCCCCGGAGCCCCGGAACCGCACCCACGUCCUCGCCUCACGCCCCCCGGAGCCCCGGCCUGCGCGCCCCACCGGGCCCGCGCGAUGCCCUCGGACCGGCCUUUCAAGCAGCGGCGGAGCUUCGCCGACCGCUGUAAGGAGGUGCAGCAGAUCCGCGACCAGCACCCCAAUAAGAUCCCGGUGAUCAUCGAACGCUACAAAGGUGAGAAGCAGCUGCCGGUCCUGGACAAGACCAAGUUUCUGGUCCCGGACCACGUGAACAUGAGCGAGCUGGUCAAGAUCAUCCGGCGCCGCCUGCAGCUGAACCCGACGCAGGCCUUCUUCCUGUUGGUGAACCAACACAGCAUGGUGAGCGUGUCCACACCCAUCGCUGACAUCUACGAGCAGGAGAAAGAUGAUGAUGGCUUCCUCUACAUGGUCUACGCCUCCCAGGAAACCUUCGGCUUCUGAGCCAGCAGUAGGGGGGACUGGCCUGGAAGUGGGGGGGCACUGGUCAGGCUCUGCCCAGGGAGCCCCAGUCUACUGAACUGAGAUGCCUGUGCCCUGUGCCCCAGGUGGGCUGGGCAGGGAUGUGGCCCCCUAGCCAGCACGACACCAACCACACCUCCUCUGCUCCUGGGUGUACCCUGGGCCAGUCACUUUAGGGUUGUCACUCUGGGUGCUGGCUGGGAUGGGGGAGAGUGGGGAACAACUCCCUUACACCCCUGCUCUGUGCAGUUUGUCUUUUUUUUAGGCCCCUGCCUGUCUGCCCAUCUUUCCCUCACCUGCCCAAGGCACUGUUCCCUGCCUGUACCUGCUCACCCCUGAAGGACUGGCCUCUGGCUCCCCCAGUCUUGACAAUGGUGUAUGGAUCUUUGGUCAUUGUCCCUCUGCAGAAUAAAGAUUGUUCAGGCCUGCCUGGC